GUCAAAAUCUAGGACGAUAUAGUUUUCUUUGCCGGGAUUUCACGCUGACGGAUUUUGGACGCUACUUCAACAUUGUUUAAAUGCUCAGACAAUAGAGUAAGACACAAAGAACAACAAUAUUUUGUUUAGACAAUUAAGAGGAGAAAUCCUUCCAAAUCUGAUUUUAAAAUGUUUGGUUCAUGUACAUUUAACAUAAUAUUAGUGUGACACACACGGUGUCAGGAAUACUUUAUACAUAUUGAUGAAAUAAUUGGAGAAGAGUAUUGUGUAGAAAUGGCCUUAAGAGCAGUUAGACAGCUAGUGAGUAGAGGAAAGACUAACUUAGCUAGAAUUAAUGACAUUACAAAUCCAGCAUCUACAGAAAAACGUGAAAGACUAGUUAUUCUUGGAACCGGUUGGGGAAGUUAUAGUGUAUUGAAGACAAUAGAUAAAAACAAAUUUGAUGUGAUAGUCGUCAGUCCAAGGAACCACUUCCUGUUUACACCAUUGUUAUGUAGUACAACUGUGGGGACUCUAGAAUUUAGAUCUGUGAUAGAACCUGUUCGGAACACAAUAUUUCGUCAGCCUGAUCAUUUCCACUUAUCAUUUGCUACAAAACUAGAUAUUGAAAAUAAAAAAAUACAUUGUGAGAGUGUACUAAAAUCUGAGCUUAAGUAUACCAUAGACUUUGAUAAAUUGGUGAUUGGUGUAGGAGCUUUGAGUAAUACAUUUAAUGUGCCUGGGGUUCAGGAACAUUCCUUCUUUCUCAAGGAAGUAGCUGAUGCAAGGAGAAUUAGGAACAGAAUAUUAAAGAAUUUUGAGUUAUCAGUACAGCCCGGCAUAGAAGACGCAGAAGCAAAUAGGCUGUUACAUACUGUUAUAGUAGGAGGGGGCCCGACUGGUGUGGAGUUUGGAGCAGAACUUUAUGACUUUGUAGAACAGGAUAUCUCCCGUCUGUACAAGCAGAAGAAACAUCAUGUGAACGUUACACUGGUAGAAUCUAAUCAGAUCCUUGCUUCAUUUGAUGAAAGUCUCAGGAAAUAUGCAGAGAAAAAGAUCAAAGAAAGAGACCGGUUUCAACUGGUCAAGUCAAUAGUAACAGAGGUGAAAGAAGAUUGUGUUACAUUAAGUAAUGGAGAAACAAUCCCAUGUGGUAUGGUUGUAUGGAGUGGUGGUAUAGCUCCCAGACAGUUUGUUAGUGAUUUAGAUCUGAAGAAAAAUAAACAAGGACAGGUAAGUAACGGAGAGACAAUCCCAUGUGGUAUGGUUGUAUGGAGUGGUGGUAUAGCUCCCAGACAGUUUGUUAGUGAUUUAGAUCUGAAGAAAAAUAAACAAGGACAGGUAAGUAACGGAGAGACAAUCCCAUGUGGUAUGGUUGUAUGGAGUGGUGGUAUAGCUCCCAGACAGUUUGUUAGUGAUUUAGAUCUGAAGAAAAAUAAACAAGGACAGGUAAGUAACGGAGAGACAAUCCCAUGUGGUAUGGUUGUAUGGAGUGGUGGUAUAGCUCCAAGACAGUUUGUUAGGGAUUUAGAUCUGAAGAAAAAUAAACAAGGACAGGUAAGUAACGGAGAGACAAUCCCAUGUGGUAUGGUUGUAUGGAGUGGUGGUAUAGCUCCCAGACAGUUUGUUAGUGAUUUAGAUCUGAAGAAAAAUAAACAAGGACAGGUAAGUAACGGAGAGACAAUCCCAUGUGGUAUGGUUGUAUGGAGUGGUGGUAUAGCUCCAAGACAGUUUGUUAGGGAUUUAGAUCUGAAGAAAAAUAAACAAGGACAGGUAAGUAACGGAGAGACAAUCCCAUGUGGUAUGGUUGUAUGGAGUGGUGGUAUAGCUCCCAGACAGUUUGUUAGUGAUUUAGAUCUGAAGAAAAAUAAACAAGGACAGGUAAGUAACGGAGAGACAAUCCCAUGUGGUAUGGUUGUAUGGAGUGGUGGUAUAGCUCCCAGACAGUUUGUUAGUGAUUUAGAUCUGAAGAAAAAUAAACAAGGACAGGUAAGUAACGGAGAGACAAUCCCAUGUGGUAUGGUUGUAUGGAGUGGUGGUAUAGCUCCCAGACAGUUUGUUAGUGAUUUAGAUCUGAAGAAAAAUAAACAAGGACAGGUAAGUAACGGAGAGACAAUCCCAUGUGGUAUGGUUGUAUGGAGUGGUGGUAUAGCUCCAAGACAGUUUGUUAGGGAUUUAGAUCUGAAGAAAAAUAAACAAGGACAGGUAAGUAACGGAGAAACAAUCCCAUGUGGUAUGGUUGUAUGGAGUGGUGGUAUAGCUCCCAGACAGUUUGUUAGUGAUUUAGAUCUGAAGAAAAAUAAACAAGGACAGGUAAGUAACGGAGAGACAAUCCCAUGUGGUAUGGUUGUAUGGAGUGGUGGUAUAGCUCCCAGACAGUUUGUUAGGGAUUUAGAUCUGAAGAAAAAUAAACAAGGACAGGUAAGUAACGGAGAGACAAUCCCAUGUGGUAUGGUUGUAUGGAGUGGUGGUAUAGCUCCAAGACAGUUUGUUAGGGAUUUAGAUCUGAAGAAAAAUAAACAAGGACAGGUAAGUAACGGAGAGACAAUCCCAUGUGGUAUGGUUGUAUGGAGUGGUGGUAUAGCUCCCAGACAGUUUGUUAGGGAUUUAGAUCUGAAGAAAAAUAAACAAGGACAGGUAAGUAACGGAGAGACAAUCCCAUGUGGUAUGGUUGUAUGGAGUGGUGGUAUAGCUCCCAGACAGUUUGUUAGUGAUUUAGAUCUGAAGAAAAAUAAACAAGGACAGGUAAUGACAGAUAAAUACCUGCAUGUCUUAGGUGAUGACAGUAAGAGUGUGUUUGCAAUAGGAGAUUGUGCUGAUAUACAAGACAUGCCAUUACCAUGUACUGCUCAGGUAGCAGAAAGAGAAGGCAGAUAUUUAGCUAAGAUGUUAAAUCAUGGUAAAGAGUUUGCUGAACCAUUUGAAUUCCAGAGCAUGGGCAUGCUGGCUUAUAUCGGGAAAUAUCAGGCCCUUACAGAUGUUAAACAAAUCAAAAUGCAAGGUUUUACAUCAUGGAUAGUAUGGAGAUCAGCCUAUCUAACAAGGUUAGGAAGUUGGAGACUGAGGAUGCAGGUUCCAAUAGACUGGCUUAAAACUUUGAUAUAUGGUAGAGAUAUAUCUAGAUUUGAUUAAAAUAUAUGGACUGGCUGUUAAUUUGUCUUAGAUUUGAAUAGAACAUGUAUCAAUGGCUACUAUUUUUAAUGCUUUUAGGUAGAAUUUUGUUAGAAUUGAAUGAUACUAAUGACUGGUUUUGACCUCACCUGGUCCAAAGUUAUAGUCAUCAUAUUGUUAUGUGUUUACUUUUUUACAUUGGGUAGAGGUAUAGGGGGAGGGUUGAGAUCUCACAAACAUGCUUAACCCCGCCACAUUUUUGCGCCUGUCAGGAGCCUCUGGCCUUUGUUAAUCUUGUAUUAUUUUAAUUUUGGUUUCUUGUGUACAAUUUGGAAAUAAUUAUGGCGUUCAUUAUCACUGAACUAGUAUAUAUUUGUUUAGGGGCCAGCUGAAGGACGCCUCCGGUUGUGGGAAUUUAUCGCUACAUUGAAGACCUUUUGGUGACCUUCUGCUGUUGUUUUUUCUAUGGUCGGGUUGUUGUCUCUUUGACACAUUCCCCAUUUCCAUUCUCAAUUUUAUUGUUGUCUCUUUGACACAUUCCCCAUUUCCAUUCUCAAUUUUAUUACCAUCAUCGUCUGUCUUGACCUUUAAUUUUUGCAAAAUAUUUAUCUCUGAAACUAGACCAAUUUUAACUUAACCUUCAUCCUGAAUGAUUCUGAUGGUAUCAAGUAUAAAGUUUUGUUUUUGUUCCUUUUUGUUCCUUUUUGUAAAAUGUGUUUAUUGUCCAGUGGGGGAUCCCUUUUUUUGGCGGACCAAUGUAUUUGAAUGGAACAUAAAGUUUGAACCCCCCUUUUGUCCUGG